AUGCCGCCGAAAAGAAAGGCUAGCCCUGGCCCUGACGCAGACCAUACCUCUAAAGGCAACUGUUCCAAAUAUAUUGUGAUAGGGAUCGAUUUUGGCACAACAUAUUCCGGUGUUUCAUGGGCCCGAGACGCGAGACCUGAUGCUCUCAACAUGGUCUCAAGCUGGGACGGACCCAUGUACACAAAGUGUCACAAUAAACGACAAGUGCCGACCACCAUAUGCUAUAAUUCUUGGGGCCGACCGUCAGCGUGGGGAUAUGCCGUCCCUCCAACACAGAAACCCUUGAAAUGGUUCAAACUACUUUUGCUCGACAGUGACCACCUCCCAGAUCACUUUCGUCAUGCGCCCAAGUUGAUUGAAGCACAAGCUCAGAUGAAAGAGAUGAACAAGAGUCCUGUGGAUGUCAUCGCAGACUACCUGCGCCUGCUUUGGGCUCACACCCUGACGCAGAUAUCGAAGGCCGUCAGUUCUGUCGCCCUAGCCAGAUUGAAGCUCAAGGUAGUUGUUACCAUGCCCGCCAUUUGGCCACCAUACGCGCAGUUAAGAAUGAAGGAAGCCGUAAAGAUGGCUGGGAUUCUAGAUCCCAGAUCUGCUGGCCAGACUUCCUUGUCGUUCAUGUCAGAGCCGGAGGCUGCGGCUCUCGCAGCCCUGGCCGAUGUGGAUGGACAAACAAUCAUCGAGGAACAAUCUGAAUUUGUCGUAUGCGAUGCUGGUGGUGGAACAGUGGAUUUGAUCACCUAUAAAAUGAUACAGAAUGACCCGAUGAUUGUUGAGGAAUGCGUUAAAGGAGACGGCAAUCUUUGCGGAGCUGCUGUACUAGAUGAGAGGUUCGAGCAGGUUUUCCGGCGCUACUUACCAGAGAAUGCUUACGAUCAGCUGGAUACAAACACUUUGGCCCGAAUGUUGCAAGUUGAUUGGGAAGAUGGGAUGAAGGCAGGAUUUACUGGCCUGGAACAUGAAGCUUACACCAUGCUCAUACCCUCCGGCUGCGGUAUAAAAGGCAUGCCGGACGAGGUCGAUAUCACUCCAGACAACCUCAGGGAGAUAUAUGAACCUGUAGCAGCAAGUUGUGCAGAACUCCUCAGCAAACAGAUGCAAGAAGUAAAGAAGAUUCGUAAACGGGAGCCAAAGUUUAUCAUUCUAGUGGGUGGCUUGGGCAGUAGCCGUUUCCUCUACCGAUACCUUGAAAAUGCGUUCCAAGAUACGGAUAUCAUUCAGGCUAGGGGAGACGAACCAUGGACCGCCGUCGCCCGCGGAGCCGUAAUUCAGGGUCUUUUCGCAACUGGGGCUCCUCCAGUAAUGUCUAUCAAGUCCCGAAUUGCCAGAGCCAGCUAUGGCACCACGGUGAAUAUCAUCCCAUGGGAUGCGUCAGAACACGAUUCCCGAGACAGACUCUGGUGCCCAAUACAGCAAAACUUUCUCGCUGUUAGUCAGACGCAGUGGUUUCUUCGAAUUGGUGAUCCAAUCUCUGAUGAACCGUGCCGGGCAAGUUUCUGGCAAGAUUUUACCGAGCCUGACACGGAAAUCAAGACAGAACUGGUAUACUCGGAGGCGGAAGUACCACCCUCUCGGUGCGAUGAUUCAGUGAAGCAACUCUGCGAGAUCAAAUGGGAGAGGAUCCCUGGCUUCAACACUCUCCCGCUAUGGACAAACACUGAAGGACAGGAGCUGCGACAGCUCGUCUACGAGUUGCAGAUGGCAUCGGACGGUGUGUCUUUGGACUUUGCCAUCGUGCACAAAGGCAAGCGAGUGGUAUCCAAGAACGUGUCCGUGGACUUUGAGAAGGUGUCACAACCUGUUGAGUGA